GUUGUUGUCGUCUUUGGACUCAGCGGGCAACAAGCGUUGAUGGACACGGCUCCGCUCAGCUGACGUUUACUCACCCACAAUUCCCAAGGAGGGCCCGCCAGGGAAGAAAAAAGAGAGCCAGGGGAGAAGGCCUUGGUUCUUGUGCCCAGUGCGGAUCACGAGGGGGUCAACUGAAAGUUACCACCACUUAGUCUGACCCUCACAACUGCCAAGUAAUACGUACAGCUCAAGGGCGCCUCGUUCCAAGCUUGAGGUUGUCACCCAUCAUGUCCGAGCCACAGAAACUCGGAGUAGGCGUCAUUGGCGCCGGAGAGGUCUUCCAGGUCUGCCAUGGCCCUUGCCUGUUCCUCCUGUCUCAUCUCUUCAGGGUCGAGUCUGUCUGCGAUGUCUCGCCCACGCAGGUGGAUCACUGCGCCACCAAGUUCUCCAUUCCACACAAGACGACGAGGCCCGAGGAGACCAUCGACCACCCAGACGUCCAAGUGGUCUUUGUCCUGACGUCCGACGAGACCCAUGCCCCGCUCGCGAUCCGCGCUCUCCAGGCCGGAAAGCACGUGUUUGUCGAGAAACCCGUGAGCCUGUCCAUCCCUUCCGUCCAGAGCAUCAUCGACGCCGAGAAGGAUGCAAAGGGGCGCGCCCGCGUUUUCGUCGGGUACAUGCGCCGCUACGCACCAAGUUAUGUUGAGGCUUUCAAACGUGAGGUCGCAUCCAUGCCCAAGAUCUUGUAUGCGCGGGUGCGAGACUUCAGUGGGCCCAACGCCCGGUUUGUGAACCAGAGCGGGACUUUCCAGGUGAAAGGCACCGAUUUCCCCGCCGAUGCGGCACGGGAGCGCAAUGAUAGGCUUCAGACACUGUUCGAGGAAGCCUUCCCCGGGCAGGAGGUCACGGACGAGAAGAAGAAGGCGUGCCGGUUUCUCGGGAGCCUGGGCUCACAUGAUAUCUCUCUGAUGCGGGAGACGCUGGGGUUCCCCGAGAAAGUCACGGCUUUCACGGCAAACGACCCUUUCUACAAUGCCAUGCUGCAGUACCGGAACCCGGACGGCUCGCCGUAUUCCGUUACGUACGAGAGCGGCAUAGACGAGGUCCCUGUAUUUGAUGCCCACCUAAGUGUUUAUGGGCAGCGGAAGAGGGUCACAAUCAAGUACGACAGCCCGUAUGUCAAAGGACUGCCUAUCGUGGUAGAGGUUGAGGAGGUCAGUGAACACGGUGAGAUCCAGAAAAGGACAAUGCUCUCAUCCUACGAGGACACGUACACGGCAGAACUGCAGCAGCUGCACAAAUGCCUCGUCGACGGCGCAGAGAUCAAGACAUCGGUGGAGGAUGCGAUCAAGGACGUGCAGAUCUACGACAUGAUGUACAAGGCCUGGAGGGCAUAAGGUCAUCAGUCAAUUGUGAUACCAGCGUGGAUAGCCUUCAAAGCAACCCUUGGGACGGUAUCUCUCUGGGUGCUAGUUACUCGGCUUGUCCAGUCGAACCCAGUCAAAUAGCUCAUACGGGCUAAAUCUGACCUGCACAGCACGGGUGCAUUCGUUUUCUCUGCGGUUUACUCAGGUACUGUGUAGUUACAUGGCCGGUCAACCAGAGAACCAAGAAGAAAAACACAGAUGUGUAGCCUUUUCAAGCAUACAUGCCAGUGACUUUCAGCUACAAGUGCUCUGAUAGCAACUGCGCGCCAAAGGUGCAAGGAGCCCAGCGUAUGGAACUGCUCACACACAGACAGUUAGUGAUAGGAAUAAAUAGCUCUUGCUCCCUCCA